AGCGGCAGCGCCGGCGCCUCGCUGCCUGCCGCCCCUGCAGCACCGGGGGCUCGCCGUGCUCCCCCCCCUUCCUCCUCCUCCCCGCGGCCACCGGCAGCCCGGCGGGGGCUCCUCGAGGAUAAAGAGCCUCCUCCCUCGGCGAGAAAAAAAAAAUUAAAAUAUUAAGAGGGAGGAGGGAGAAGGGAGCCGCGCACAACAUGGCCACUCUGCUGCGGAAAAUCGGUCUGAUUCGGCUGCACAGCCGCGACACGGAGGACCCCAAGCACCACCACCACCACCACCACCGUGGCAGCAGCGGGCAGCAGGGCUCCUCGCUGCGGGGCCGGGGCGGCCAGAAGAACAGCAGCAACAAGCCCCAGCCGCAGGGCCCCCCCCCCGCCGGCGGCAGCAGCAGCAGCAGCAGCGAGAGCAGCCCCGGGGGCCGCAAGGACAAGAAGGCGGGCGGCAGGGAGAAGCCCCGCGAGGCGGCCAGGGAGCCCCCGGCCGGCAAGGAGGCGGCCCAGCAGCAGCACCACGGGGGCGGCCGGCAUGGCUCCGGCUCGGGCUCCGGCUCCUCCGGCUCCGGGGCCGGCUCCGGGCCGGUGGCGCCGCCGUCGGGGCCCGGCCCGCUGGCACCCGCGGGCCGGCAGCAGCACUGCACGCAGGUGCGGAGCCGCCGGCUGAUGAAGGAGCUGCAGGACAUCGCCCGGCUGAGCGACCGCUUCAUUUCGGUGGAGCUGGUGGACGAGAGCCUCUUCGACUGGAACGUGAAGCUGCACCAGGUGGACAAGGACUCGGUGCUGUGGCAGGACAUGAAGGAGACCAACACGGAGUACAUCCUGCUCAACCUCACCUUCCCCGACAACUUCCCCUUCUCGCCGCCCUUCAUGAGGGUGCUGAGCCCGCGCUUGGAGAACGGCUACGUCCUCGACGGCGGAGCCAUCUGCAUGGAGCUGCUCACCCCCCGCGGCUGGUCCAGCGCCUACACGGUGGAGGCCGUCAUGAGGCAGUUCGCGGCCAGCCUGGUCAAGGGGCAGGGCCGUAUCUGCAGAAAAGCUGGCAAAUCAAAAAAGUCGUUCAGUCGAAAGGAAGCUGAAGCAACGUUUAAGAGUUUGGUGAAGACCCAUGAAAAGUAUGGGUGGGUCACUCCGCCUGUCUCUGAUGGCUGAUGUUAGCAACCUGCACUUGACAAAAAUGCUGAACAAAAGUACUGUGACAUCUCCUCAGUGCUGUACACCGCCCAUCCUUUUCUACUUCAGCUUCAGUUACAUACCAUGAAUGUCAAGGAGACAUCUAAGUUAUUUAUGAACAGAUGUGUUUACAGAGGGAGAGGAAAAAAAAAGAUGCUGUUUAGGAUUAUAUUUCAAGACUGGAGAAUGGUCGUCAUUGAAGUCACUUGAGCGGAUGGUGAGAUUGCAUCAUUUGCCCCCAUACAGCCCACAUUGUCUUCAGCUUCUUUCCAUGACAGCAGCACCAAACAGCAGUACUGGAAAGUCUAUCCAUUACUGCUCAGUUCAUUUAAAUGUAAAUGAAACAGUUAAUAUUUAAUAGGGAAGCAGUGCAUUGCAGGUACAUGUUUGCUGUGCUGUUUAUCUUUGUCUCCUAGCAGGUCAACAUAACUUGAAGAUUUGUCUUUAUGUGGAACUGUGGUCUGCUGUGACUAAAUUUAGACCUCAUUUGUGCUCUAUAUAUGACCUUUAAUUCAUAAAUGAAACCGGAAUUAAAAUGAUGAAAGGUCCUAGUGUUGACAAAUUAUUAAGUGGAAUCACCCAACUGGUUACAAUGUGCUAUCUAUGCUGAUAUUGUGAUGUGCUGUUCAGAAAUAAACCAGUGCAGUUAGCUGAAGGUUAGGUGGUUUUUUUAAACACAUCCAUGCCAGGGCUUGAAGUGGUUGGUGGUAGCAGAAGCAUUAUUACCCUGCCAGUACCUUCUGCAGUCGCAUGUGGCCCCUCAGUUCUUCAAAACGGCAAAACAAACAAGUGGAAAUGGACAAAGCAACCUUAAAAAAAUUAUCUGCUUAAUUUUAAAAUGAUAUGCCAGUAACAGAGUAAAAAAAUUUCAAAGCAAAUGAAACAUGGUUUGUAAGAUGAUUUGCAUGACUGGAUUUUUCUUUUUUCUUUUUACUCAAUAGACAUUGUAUGUACUUAGAGCCCAGUAUCUGAGAAAACCCACUGAUGUAUAUAAACGUCCUAUUAUUUAAUCAUUAAGAUUUAAGUUUUCUGGUAAACAAAUGGAAAAACUUUCUAAGGGACUCCAUAAAAGCUGAAGGUAAUGUUUAGAAUGGUAUAAGGAAAGCAUUAAAAAAAUGUGGAUUCCAAAUGGAAAAUCGUAUUGGACACAUGCUGAAUAAAAUCACCAGUAUCGU